ACUCUUCGAUUUUGAUAUAAAGUACAGGGUAGAUUGUGGAGGGUCUUGUACUAUCGAUUGGGCCGGGCCUGAGAUUGCAGUAAGCUUCCCAACGAGAGCAGUGCUGCAACUCAUCUUCCUCUUCUAGUUACUCCCUAUUUCUGUUUACACAAACACAAAAAUGGCAAGUAAAGGCAAGAAAGGAAGCAAGAAGAAGGCCCAGAGAGCCACCUCGAACGUGUUCGCCAUGUUCGAACAGUCCCAGAUCCAGGAAUUUAAGGAGGCUUUCAACAUGAUCGACCAGAACCGAGACGGCUUCAUCGACAAGAACGACCUUAAGGCUGUUUUCGACUCUCUGGGCAAACUGGUCAACGAUGAGUACGUGGAAGAUAUGCUCAACGAAGCGUCUGGUCCCAUUAACUUCACCAUGUUCCUGACGUUAUUCGGAGAGAAAAUCAGCGGCACAGACCCCGAGGAUGUCAUCAGAAACGCAUUCGGCAGCUUUGAUUUGGAAGGCAAAGGUUCUAUUGACGAGGAAAAACUCAAGCGGUUGUGCAUGAGUAUGAGCGACAGAAUGACCGCCGAAGAAUGGGAAGACAUGAUGGAUGAAUGCCCGACUACAAAACAGGGCGAGAUCCUGUAUAAGGAAUUCACAGAUAUUAUCAAGAACGGGCCCAAAGAAGACUAGUUCGACCGAUCCAGUACCACUACGACCCGCCAUCAUUCCAAUCCCACAGGAACAGGCUUAAGAUCAGACCUUGUUCAAUAAAAAAUUGCAGCUUCUCUCAUCGAGCUUGUAAAUGUUUAUUAUAUUAUAUAAUCUUAUCAUCUACCUUUAGUUUGUGAGCAUCCGAGGGACACUGGGCUCAAGUGAAAGAAUAUCUGUCUGUUUCAGGCAACACCAUAUACGGCCCAGAGAUCAUAACGUUGCCUAGAUUUUGAUGAUUGUUAUCGUCGUCUAUUAAAUAUGUUUUCGAUGA